GUGGGUAUUGCUUGCCGUUGUAUUGGGUCCGAUCCAUUGUGGCUGUCUUGGACAAACAAAAAAAACGCAGUAAAGACUCCGAAACCAUCAAGAGCACGACCCAAGCAGCAACCAUGGAGUCCGCCGUCAUCAGCAGCGACUGGGUGGAUGUGGGAGAGAUUGCCCAGCAUUUCCAGACUGAAACUGGCCGCAAGCGUGGAGGAGUCGUCUUUUUCGACGAGGCUCUGUGUGAGCUCGCGGAAAUACCGGCUAUGCGUUUGAUGAUGUCCGAGAUGCUCGCAUGCCUCAGUUCUCGCCUGCGUGAACAAACCCGACACGAGCAACAACAACCCAUCAUUCUCGAUCAGCAGCUCGCCCUCCUCAAACGAGAGCUGAUGCAGAGCAUUCAGAGACUGCAUUCACAGCCCGCCCCCAUCGACCCAGCAUACACGCUAUCGCUCGAGAAGCUCGAUAGCGCCGUUACCCGCCUAUCCGGCCGCUUUGAUGAUUGGGCGGUCGCCAAGACGUCCAACAAGGUCAUUGGCCAACUGGGCGAGAUCCGUCUUCUCGAUAUUCUCUGUGAAACCUUCCAUCGAGACGAGGGCUUUGCCAUCCAGGAUACUCGCAGCAAAGCACACCACUGUGAUAUCGCUAUCACCCAUCCAGAUCAUCCACCUAUUCACGUCGAGGUCAAGGCCCAUGGCGAAUUCAAUGGUGCCUCGGUCGCUCGUCAGUGCGUCGAUCGCUUUUGCAGCGAUAUCACCGGGCUCGGCUCCCAUGGUAUCCUUGUGAGCCUCUACACUGGCAUUGUGGGUCACAAGGCAAGCAUGGACAUUGAGUUGCUUCCUUGUGGCAAGUUUGUCGUGUAUUUGUCGAACAACAGGUUCGAUGGCCAGAGCAUCCGACAAGCAGUUAUGCUGAUCUACAAGUUGGAUGCCCACACGCAGCAACCCAAAGCAGACGGGAGCGAUGGUCUCGUCCUGUCAAACAACAAGCUCAAGCAGAUCCAAUCCUUCGUCAGAGACACUGCAUUUCGAAUUGAGAUGACCAAAUCGCACCUCAAAGAGGCCACGAAGAGUCUUAAUGAGAUUUCGCUCUCGAUGUUGGAUGACUUGCUGCGUUCCCCUUGAAGUCUUUUGUAUUUUUUCGGUUGGAUUGACAGAAAGCGGAUCAUGACCAGCGUAUCCACCGACUACUUGCAACAGUGCAACCAGGCAUUAGACCAAUACAACACCAUAGCCACCCAGAAUGUUCAAAUAAGCAAUUAUAAUACU